AUGGCACCUGCGCUGGAACUACUCGAGCAACCCAUUGAGAAUUUGCGGACCAAGGCAAAACCAUCCAUUCGCAAUGGGGUCUCUCUUCACGAUGGUCUGGUCUUAGCAAGUGCGGCGAAACACCAGCGGGUAAUGAAUGUGUUCCGAGCUUUCAUCGCCGAUGUCUGCCAGCAGUUUGGCGAAGGCCAUGCUGGGUCUCCUAUGGGAAUGGCUGCCAUUGGAAUUGCCUUAUAUAAAUAUGUGAUGAAAUAUUCGCCUCGGAAUUGUGAUUACUUCAAUCGGGAUCGUCUUGUUCUUUCAAAUGGUCAUGCAUGUCUUUGGCAAUAUACCUUUAUGCACCUCGUGGGCGUCGAAAGCAUGACCCUCGACCAGCUCAAAUCCUACCACUCAGCGAAGCUCGACUCACUGUGCCCUGGACACCCCGAAAUCGAGAAUGAGGGCAUCGAGGUUACAACUGGACCUCUAGGUCAAGGUCUAGCCAAUGCUGUCGGGCUUGCCAUGGCCACAAAAAAUCUUGCUGCGACAUACAACAAGCCCGGCCAUGAGGUGGUGAACAACAUGACAUGGUGCAUUGUUGGUGACGCUUGUCUUCAAGAAGGUGUCGGUCUCGAGGCGCUUUCCCUCGCUGGCCAUUGGAAACUGAACAACUUAUGUGUUAUUUUUGAUAACAACUCAGUUACAUGCGAUGGAAGUGCCGAUGUUGCCAACACUGAGGACAUUAACAUGAAGAUGCGAGCUACUGGGUUCAACGUUGUCAACGUGUACAAUGGUGACACAGAUGUCGCCGCGGUCACGAACGCUUUAAUCGACGCUCGAUCGAGUGACAAGCCCACAUUCCUCAACAUCCGCACCGUGAUUGGCUUUGGGGCCACCAAAGCUGGCACAGCCGACAUACACGGAGCUGCCCUCGGAGUUGAAGAAGUGGCUACCCUCAAAAGGUCGUUCUGUCUCGACCCCGAUAACCACUUCUAUAUUCCACAAGAUGUCUAUGACUUCUUCCAUGGCAUGCCCGACCGUGGCGAGGUUUACGAAGCGGACUGGCAAGCAGCCGUAGCAGAAUAUCGUGCGGAAUAUCCCAUUCAAGCCGGAGAAUUUGCGCUCCGUGUUGCAGGAAAGAUGCCAGAAGGCUGGAGCAAAUACAUUCCUUCCAAGGAAAAUCACCCUACUGCUUCCACCGCCUCUAGAAAAUCCGCUGGUGUGGUUACGAAUGCUCUGGCAGGGAAUAUCAAUUCAUUCCUAGUGGGCACGGCGGACCUUACCCCUUCGUGCAAUGUCGCGUACAAAAAUAAGGUUGACUUUCAGUCGCCUGACCUUCGAACAUCCUGCGGUCUCGACGGAGAUUACAGUGGUCGAUACAUACACUAUGGUAUCCGCGAGCAUGCCAUGUGCGCGAUAACAAACGGCCUCUCUGCCUUCAACAGGGGUACAUUUAUCCCCAUGACGAGCACAUAUUUCGUCUUCCACCUGUACGCUGCUGCAGCGAUACGCAUGGCCGCACUCCAAGGCCUCCAACAAAUCCACAUCGCCACACACGACAGCAUCGGCGUUGGCGAGAAUGGUCCUACACACCAACCUAUCGCCGUUGCAGCCCUCUGGCGCGCAAUGCCUAAUCUUCUCUACAUCCGGCCAUGCGAUGCAGAAGAAGUGGCUGGCGCAUACAUUGCCGCUAUCCAAGCGACUUCAACGCCAACAGUCAUCUCACUUUCCCGCCAAGGUCUAACACAGUAUCCACAGCAUUCUUCGCGGGAAGGGACGUUGAAGGGUGGAUACGUUUUCACGGAAGCCGAAAGCGAUGAUUUCGACGUCAGCUUGAUCAGUGUUGGUUCUGAGAUGGUCUACGCGAUGAAGACUCGGGACUUGCUUCUGAAGGAUUACGGGAUCCACGCACGAGUGCUUUCUUUCCCAUGUAUCAGACUUUUUGAAAUGCAGACUCGGGAAUACAAGCAAUCGGUGCUGAGGGCGCGAGCUAACAAGCCCACCGUCGCGAUUGAGGCGUAUCCAUCUCUUGGAUGGGAACGAUAUGCAGAUGCAUCCGUCUCGAUGAAUAGCUUUGGCAAGAGUCUUCCUUCGAAGGAGACAUAUGAGCACUUCGGAUUUGAGCCGAAGCGCAUUGCGGCUAAAGUCAAGGAUCUUGUGGAUGAAGUCAGGCGGGACGGAAUUGGAAUUUUGAGGGGGGAUUUUAGGGAAUUUAAUGAGGGGCCGCGGAUUGGAUUUGAGCAUUAG